UUAUAUUAUUAGAUUUAUUUUAUAAUUUUAUUUGCUUGUUUUUUUUACAAUGCAUUUAUCAAAAUUUAUAACAAGUGGUAGGGUUAAUAAAUUUGUAAAUUACUACAAGUUACUGAAGAGAACAUCUUCUUGUGAACCUCAGGACAGUAAUCAAAAUGAAGAAAAAAAACUGGAUGGCAAUAAGAAAGGUCUGGUGUUGGGCCUAUACGACAAGGGCAACAACAAGUUCGAGCUCUCACCAGCGGCGGAGGAAAUAGACCAGAAGUCUGGUGGGAAACUUAAACAGCAUUUGAAUGAAUUAGCGCCACAUAUGAAGCUGGGUAAGGCGUUCGUGGUGACGGACCUGGUGCCGGUGUACUCGGCCGUGGCGCUCGCCUCGCUUGGGUGUAAGGACCCCGGGUACAACGAGCUCGAGGCGCUUGAUGAGACGCGGGAGAACAUCCGGUGGGGUGUGGGCGCAGGCGUGCGUUUGCUGCAGAAGCGCGGCGUCGGCGACAUCCUGGUGGAGCCCAGCGUCGCGCCGGACGCGGCCGCCGAAGCUGCGCACCUCGCCGCAUGGAGGUUCCAGGAGUUCAAAUCGGAGAGCGCGCGUCGUCCGUCGCCAGCGGUGUCUAUGUAUGGCGAAGGGGACAAGAGCUUGUGGGAGCUGGGCGCUAUCCAGGGCAGUGGUCAGAACUGGGCGCGGUACCUCUCCGACAUGCCCGCUAACACCAUGACUCCUGUCGACCUCGCCCAGGCGGCGCUGGACGUGUUGUGUCCGCUGGGCGUGCACGUGACGGCGCACGACCGCGAGUGGGUGGAGCGCCAGAACAUGCGCGCCUUCCUGGCGGUGGCGCGCGGCUCCUGCGACGCGCCCAUGUUCCUCGAGUGCGAGUACAAGGCGGGCCGGGCCACGCAGCCGCCCGUGCUCAUUGUGGCCAAGGGAGUCACUUUUGAUAGUGGCGGCCUGUGCCUGAAGCGUCGCGAGAGCAUGGUGGAGAACCGCGGCAGCAUGGCGGGCGCCGCCGUCGCACUCGCCGCGCUCAAGAUUAUCGCACAACUCAAGAUUCCAAUCAAUGUGAUUGCCGUGAUUCCGAUCUGCGAGAACAUGGUGAGCGGACAGUGCAUGAAGGUUGGAGACGUUGUGAAGGCGCUCAAUGGACUCUCAAUACAGAUAGAAGACACGGACAUGGAGGGUCGUCUGAUGAUGGCGGACGCGCUCGUGUAUGGACAAGCUCUCCACAAGCCCUCGCUCGUCAUAGAUGUCGCCACACUCACUCACGGCGUGCUGCUGGCGACGGGCGGCGGUGCGUUCGGGUGCUUCAGCACGUCGGAGGCGGCGUGGCGCGCGCUGCGGGCGGCGGGCGCGCGCGCCGGCGACCGCGCCUGGCGCUUCCCGCUCUGGCGAUACUACCGACAGCAGAUCACCAACGAUCCGUCGGUGGACCUGCGCAAUAAAGGUGCUGGUAAAGCGACACCCUGCCUCGGAGCUGCUUUCUUGCAGAACUUCGUGUGCUGCGACUGGGUGCACAUGGACAUCACAGGCGUGGGUAAACUCGCGCACGCGCCCGCUCCCCCCUACUUACACCCGCGCCGCAUGACGGGCCGCCCAACUAGGACCCUGGCGCUGAUGCUGCAAAGUAUUGCCGAGGCUUCUAACGCCGACAAGGCAGAGGCUGCAAGGGUCAAGACUGCUUAGAUUUGUGAUAUACGUUUUCGUUCAGACAUUCUACAAGCUUGCAGUUCAAAAUAAUAUUACAAUUAUAAUUGCUGGUUAUCACGUUAAAUUUGUUUAUUAGUAGAAACUGAAGUAAUUCCAGUCAUUUUAAGGUGGAUCUAUAGUUUAUGUAUACCGUAUUUACACAUAUUGCAAGAUGUUUGAUUUUUAUUUGUUUGUACUAAAGCAUAUUCUAUUAUAAAUGGUAAUAUUUUUGAAA